UCGACCGAGCUUCGAGUCUCCGAUAGGAGAAAAUAGGAAACGGGCGUAACUGCUGCGGAGACCGUUUUUCGGGUGCGACUGGAGGAGCGUUUUCAUUUCAGGACACUCGCUGUGCGUCGUGUACAAGUGGUUAUAUGUGUCUGUGCAAUAUGAAGAAUGGAAGCAGACGAUGUGACUAUCAGAGAGCAGAAUUUCCACAGCCAAGUCCGAGAGUAUAUCAUAUGUUUCCUGCUUUUUGCCGUCCUGUACAUUGUGUCCUACUGCAUCAUAACGAGAUACAAGAGGAAAGCUGAUGACCAUGAGGACGAAGAUGCCAUAGUCAACAGAAUAUCGCUGUAUCUGUGCACCUUCACGCUGGCUGUCUCUGCGGGGGCCGUGCUGUUGCUGCCUUUCUCCAUAGUCGCUAAUGAGAUCCUGCUCUCCUUCCCCAAGAAUUACUACAUCCAGUGGCUCAACGGCUCACUCAUCCAUGGCCUGUGGAACCUGGUGUCUCUCUUCUCCAAUCUCUGCCUCUUCGUGCUCAUGCCCUUUGCUUACUUCUUCCUGGAGUCAGAGGGAUUCGCCGGAUCGAAGAAGGGUAUAAAGGCCCGCAUCCUGGAGACGUUUGUCAUGCUCUUCCUGCUCGCCCUACUCAUCCUGGGCAUCGUGUGGGUGGCGUCCGCGCUCAUCGACAACGACGCCACCAGCAUGGAGUCACUGUAUGAUCUCUGGGAGUUCUACCUGCCGUACCUGUACUCCUGCAUAUCCCUCAUGGGAGGCCUGCUGCUCCUCAUGUGUACGCCUGUUGGACUCUCCCGCAUGUUCACCGUCAUGGGCCAGUUACUGGUGAAGCCGACUAUUCUUGAAGACCUGGACGAGCAGAUCUACUGCAUCCAUCUGCAGGAGGAGGCCCUCCAGAGAAGACUGAAUGGUACGUGGGGGGGGGCUUUCUGGCAGUUUAUCAUGGUGUCCCAUCAGGCUCCACACCCUGGUGCCAAGCUGCUCCUGCAGGGUUCACACCACUGCAGUUUGGGCCUCCCAGCCCCUGGGGGCGCUGUCUGCACCAGCCCAGGCUGUGGGAUGCCCUGGUUUGCAGUGACCUCGCUGUGUCGGCACAGCAAUACUGAUUUCGCCGUAUCGUGUUUUUUUUUUUUGUCGUUGUUUUUCCCUGCAGAGAGGAGGAAGAAAGCGUCAGCGUGGGAGAGGAAUCUGCUCUACCCCUUUGUCAUGCUAAUACUCCUGACUGGAACUGCCAUCUCCGUACUCCUGGUCGCCCUCAACAUCCUGUACCUGCUGGUUGACGAGACGGCCAUGCCAAAGGGAUCCAAGGAGAGAGGAAUAGGUAAUGUGUCGACAUUUGGGGUCGUGCAAGCAGCAAUUGAAAUCAUUCUUAUGUUUUACCUGCUGGUGUCCUCUGUCGUCGGCUUCUAUAGCCUGCGUGUGUUCGAAGGUCUGACUCCCAGGAAGGACGACACCACCAUGACUACGAUCAUCGGAUGCUGUGUGUCGAUCCUCGUGCUGAGCUCGGCGUUGCCAGUGAUGUCGCGGACGCUGGGGAUCACGAGAUUUGACCUCCUUGGGGAUUUCGGGAGAUUUAAUUGGCUUGGAAACUUCUACAUCGUCCUGUCAUACAAUUUGCUCUUCGCUGUGGUGACGACCCUCUGCCUCGUGCGAAAGUUCACCUCAGCUGUGCGAGAAGCUCUGCUUAAGGCCUUGGGUCUGGAUAAGCUGCACCUCUCAAACAGCCCCUCAGACCCAGAACCCACCAAACACUCUGCGAACGGCCACCAGAAGUCUCUGUGAAGGAGACCCGGGGCUUGCCGUGGUGGUCGUUGGGAGGAGCGCUCAGCUGCGCCACAUUCCAUUGCCCUCCAGGUCCUCCUCUUGGGUAUACACCCAUCGGGAGAAGGGGCCCCGAACCGGCCUGUCCCUCCCCCUGCAUCAGCAGAGCCAGUUUGUAAACAAUCCCCUGGGGUGCUCUGACUGACGGGAAAAUGGGGAAGAAAUGCAAGUCAUGUUGCUACGUUUACCCCGAGUCAUAAAUUUGGCAUUCAUCAGUCGUCGGGGGUGACGUCCCCCAUUGUGAUGUCACACUCUGUUGCUGUCGUUGCCUGUUGUCAGGCUCUCUGUUCCUCUAGCUGUCUGUUACACAUCGUCACAUCAUGUUACUGAGCUAUCGGUCCUGUUCUCUGGUCCUUUUUUGUGUCCUUCAUGGUGUUAGAAAGACAUUGUCAAGAUAUUGAUAUUAGUGAUCUGGGAAAAAAAGUUAUGAUGUAGUUAUGAAUGAAUCUGCAGUUUUCCUCUAGCUGUGCUGCUCCGUGAUGAUUUCACUCGUAAGAUCUCUGGUACUUGUACUUUUAGGGUCCGGCCUGCGGAUUGCACCUGGACUAUUAUGGCUAGUUCAGCAGGAGAAUAUUUUUAUGAGUGUAUUUUAAGCAUUCAUACCCUGUCUUAAGAUCUUCCUGGGAUUAAAGCUAAACGCAGGUAACAGAAGCAAUCGAAUAUUAAUGUACUGUAGCGGCAGGGCAUUCAGUGAGCAGCCAUUGUAUGGAACUUGGCAUUUAUCUAAAUCAGCUCCCCUGUUUCAGUACAAUUCUGGUUGAGUAACUUUCUCAGGGCAUUUAAAGCAGCCCCCCCCCCCCCGAAAUGCAGUACAGAACCCACUGGGCCAAGUCGAGACCCUGGCCUUAAUUACUAACUAGCUGCUGCACCUACACAUGGUGAACUCGCAUCUCCAUGAUGAGGCCACAGACAUGAGGGCAGGUUCUGGGUCCAGCCCCCAGUCCCCACAUGGUUGUCUGUUUCGGGCUUCCUCACCCCUGAGGACAGCAGUUAAACUUCUGGGGGAGGAUUUGGUGUGAAUUUGCGGUGAACGUUACCGUCCGUCACUUCUGACCGACUGUGGAGCUGAAGUGAGGCAAUUUCGGGUUUCUGUUCAGCUGAUUGGCACUUCAGAGGUGAGCACAGAGAGCUAGCGGCGAGGGGUAUGUGGGUCCCCCAUCCGCGUCAAGGUGGGAUUUUUAAUAGGCAACUGCAGUUGUUUUGUUUGUUUACUUCCUUGAAUGCUAAAAAUGAGUGUACCUUUAAUUUAAAAAAAUAUCUUGAUGUUAUAGAUGGUGAACACCUGCUAGACUGUAACCCAUGAGCAAUAUUAGGCGAGGAACUUCCUGUCACUGGUUAAUUUUAUUCUUUUAAGCUUUUUAAGGCCAGAGAACAGCUUCUUAGUCCACACCAGGCUGCCCCCUGCAGGUAGAAGCCUUGGUCGCCUUUGUUUGACCCACCGACUUGCCGCUUCCUGGACAAGAGCUGCACGUGUCUCUGGGUUCCUGAUGUCCAAUCAGAAGUCACCUUUGUCCGUUUAGUGUGUAAUGUGUUCAUAAGACUUUAUACUAAUGCUGGAUAUCACUAUGGUAGAUAUAUGCAUUCCAUAGAUGCCACAGGGACAAUUUCAGAUUUUCAUUCUUAUAUGUUAUAUCGCUUUUCUUUUCCUGCUCACACAUGACAAUGAAACCACUGAGAACAUAUGAACAGCUAGACCUGCGCAUUAAUCUGGGACAGAGGUGUCAUUUACCAAAGUGGGUGUAGGACUGUUUGUGUGUUAGUAGAAAUGUGUGAUACAAACUCCUGUUUAGAAAAAGCCCGUGUAGCUGUCUGGCGUCUUAGAUCUAGUGGCUGUUAUGAACCUCUCCUUGUCCCUGGCUGUUUCUCAGCAUUAUUGUUCCGAUUUGCUGUAGUCUGUUGAAGGCCAGAGCACCAGUCUCAUUGGAGUGGUCACAGUUCAGUUAUUGCCAGUUCUGACUAAUGUCAUUGUCAUGAAGUUGCAUGUACAUAAAUAUUUCAUACCUUUUAUACAGCGAGUAUAGUGAUGACUAUGUACACAUUGUAAAUAGUACGAAACCCCUCAUACUGCAGUUCUUUGAUUUCACAUUUCACCUAUGUAUGCCUUAUAAUGAGAUUUUCAAAGACCUACUUCAGAAGAUUUCUGAUAUCCUGCUUUAAAGUGAGCUUGAGUUUCUGUUCCCCCCCCCCCCUUUUUGUUAAUGUGCGUGCGCCUGUGUCUGUGUAGUUUUUAAAAUGACAAAUUCACUGUGAACCCAUCAGCAGUAACAUCUUUAUGAGGAUCUGUUUGGUCUCUCACAGCUGUACGGCUUUGAGGAAGUUGCUGGGUGAGGCUCUCUGCUCCGUAAAUAGUUAAUAACAGGUUUAAACAUCGGCAAAAUGGACCUUUAAAAAAUGAGGUUAAAGAUUUGGCAUGGUAGGCUGCAGCGUCUCGGAUAGUAAGUGGCUGUGGCAGAUAUAAUUAGAAUGCUUUGCAUUGCACCUACGUUAGAGCCUUUUUUAUCAACAGUUGACAUGCAUAUUUCAUUUAUGUCAGGCAGAUGCCAUUUAGUCUAGUAUAGUGCCCCCCUUUGGUAAUACUUUGUAACAGCAUUACUAAUUUCAGCUACUGAGAGAUACACAAAGAUGACUGAAGAUGGUCUUGUAGAUUAAAUCCAAAUUUUUACCUGCCAAAAUUUUAUCCUGCCUGUAUUUCAGUAUAAAGGUAGUAGUGCUGGACCUGUUGUCUUGUCCAGCCAGCAUUUUAUUUGGCUGUGUAGAUAUUUCUUCCUUAAAGAAAGCUACUGUGAACAAGUUGUGUGUGUGUGUGUGUGUGUGUGUGUGUGUGUGUGUGUGAUGUUUGGUGGUAUAUGUAAAGACCUAAUUCGAUAAUUGCCCAUAUUUUCAUGUUCCUCAAACAUCUGUCAGCUUUUUUUCUCCAUUUCCUUCAAAAACUUUCUAAAUGUGAAAACGCCCUGGAUAGUUGUUGGGGUAUCAAUAUAUCCACUCGUCAUGUUGGUGUUGGUAUGUUGGUAUGAAGUUGGCCAUAUCUCACAUGUGUAGCCGACAUUUAUUUGUACAUUUUGCAGAAGCAGCCUAAUGCAUCUAUGAGGAAAGUGUAGAAAUGUUUAAGCAUUUGUUUUGUGGAUGGUUCUGGAGAAUAGUGAGGAGUGGGAGAUUUAAAAACAAAAAAAAAAAAAAAGUUCACAAAAAUUCAUAGCUGAUUGUUGCAUGUAGAGUUACAACCUUCUGUUAUGUGUCGCCUCACUUUACAGUUGAUGUUCUAGAGUGUUUCCAUCACGUUUUUUAUUUCGUUAAUGUGUUGUAGGUACAGUGCUUCAGUGCCAUACCCAGUGCUGUGUUCUGAGUUUUAUACCACAGUUCUGUGGGUGUUUUUUGUCAAAGUUUCAGGUCUAAAGCAAGUUCUUAGCUUGCUCGCUGGGUUGUCUAUUUGUACCGUCCAUUCCAUGGCUCACAAAGCACGCCAUUUACGCCCAUGCGGAAUCCGGACUCUUCUUUGCAACCUGCCCACGUCGACCAUGUGUGCUAGUAUGGGGCUGCAUUCUAGUAUGAGUCCAGUGGGCAUCCACCCGUCACUUUGUUUUAGCUGUAAAUCCCAAGCUCUUCAUUGGACAAUCUCUAGCCCUGGAUGUCUACUGGUUCAAGGGCUCCAGGUGGACCGAAUUAACAUUUUUGGUUGCCUUAUCGGGUCUGUCAUUCAUCGUCGCUUUAAGUUGAGGAAAAAUGACAAGUGUCCGUCUCUGCAUGUCAUUCCUGAAAACGAUGUGAAUGUAUUUUGGAUGAUGAUCAGUGUUUUCAUUUGUGAAACAUUCUCGAUACUUGUAUUGGUUUACAUUGUAAUUUUUUUAGUUUACAAUAAAGUUUGUGACUUGUG